UCUGCUCGUCCUGCGCAAUGUGCGCAUUGUCUGCUGUCAUCUUGGCGCAGCAGCCUGGUCAGGGCAGGGAAAUCUCUCCUCUCAUCACCGCAGGCUCUCGGAGGUGACCGUAUCAAACAAUGGGCAACAGAGACGACGAGUACGACUUUUUAUUUAAAGUCGUGCUAAUCGGAGACUCUGGAGUGGGGAAGAGUAACCUGCUGUCCCGUUUCACAAGAAAUGAGUUCAACCUGGAGAGUAAGAGCACCAUUGGGGUGGAGUUUGCCACCCGCAGCAUCCAGGUGGACGGCAAGACGAUAAAAGCUCAAAUCUGGGACACAGCUGGGCAGGAGCGCUACAGAGCCAUCACCUCAGCGUAUUAUCGGGGUGCGGUAGGCGCUCUCCUAGUUUACGACAUCGCCAAGCACCUGACGUAUGAGAACGUGGAGCGCUGGCUGAAGGAGCUGAGGGACCACGCCGACAACAACAUCGUCAUCAUGCUGGUCGGAAACAAGAGCGACCUCCGUCACCUCAGAGCCGUGCCCACUGACGAGGCUCGAGCAUUCGCAGAAAAGAACACUCUCUCAUUUAUUGAGACAUCAGCGUUGGACUCCACUAAUGUAGAAGAAGCAUUCAAGAACAUUUUAACAGAAAUCUACCGCAUCGUGUCACAGAAGCAGAUAGCCGACAGAUCCGCCCAUGACGAGUCUCCCGGCAACAACGUCGUAGAUAUCAGCGUCCCUCCGACCACCGACGGCCAGAAGGGCAACAAACUGCAGUGCUGCCAGAGUCUGUGACGCUCGUCCUGUCCUCCACAUUCACCUCGACAUCACAUCACCUGUGCACUUUCUCUCCCCGUGGCUCUGCUCACAGCCAACUCCGCCAUCACUUCAUCCUCUCUUAUUUUUUCUACCUUUUCAUUCUGUUUUAUAUAUAGUACUUUUGAAGUCACUCGUGCUCUUCUCUUCUGCCAUGAAAGAAAAAUUUCAGAAGCCUUUACGUCACUUGGUCAAUCAAGUUGUUCAUGGAGUCGGUGCGAAGGUUCCCGCAAUGCAGGGACGAGGCGGUCGUCGUCGUUUUAACGAAGCCUGUGAAGUAGUUGGAACUCUGCCGAAACGCCGUCGCGUACGGGGAGGUUGUUAAAAGCAUUUCAAUGGUUACCACUAGAUGGUGCUGUGUAAAUAUACUACAGACAGUUAGUCCAGCCUGGUGAAGCAGUAUUACAGUGUGGUUCUUACUUCCUUCGUACAUCAGUUAAGUUAUCAUGCCAAAAAUAUCCUCAUUAUGUAUUUAUUGAAGAAUAUUUGGCUUAAGUUGUCAUUGUUUUUCUUUCAAUUGAGGAACUGUAAAAAAUAAAUUUACAAUAAAAUUCUUGACUUAAA